AGUUUGUGCUUUGUCUCUGCACUUUCGUCAACGGCGGAUUUGCUCUGUCUCUGAAAUACAGAAUAACAAUAGAAAUACACCUUAUUGCACUUUUCAAAUGGUUAAAUUGAAACAGGUUGGGACAUAGGGGCACUUGGACUGAGAAAUUUUCUGCGAGAUGCCAGGAAAUAGAAAAUGAUGUGGCGAAUCUACGGUCGCGGAUCCGCGGGGUGGAAAAAGUAUGUCGGCAAGUCAGCUGGUUUCCCAGUGCAGGACGCGCUGACAGCUCGAGUGAGCGGACUGCUCAGGACUUCGGAACUAGACGAGGUGAGCCCAGAACCGAGUGAGGACGCCCUUUCAGACUGACACCCGUUGCAGAGGGAUUAGUCCCCUCACCCGGCUGAAGUUUCUCAGCUCGACCGUCUGCCUUCCUUUUCCCUGACUAAUUUCUAUAGAAAUCCUGUCAAAGAAUAUGAAGAAAAACAGAGAAAGAUUCUGCAAUAGAGAGAGAGAAUUUGUAUAUAAAUUUAAAGUAGGAAGUCAGUGCUUAGAACUGAGAGUGCCACUCAGAUUUCCUGUUCAAGAGAAUGCCAGUCAUUUACAUGGACGUCUGAUGCUGCUGCACAGUUUACCGUGCUUUAUAGAAAAAGACUUAAAAGAAGCUCUGACUCAGUUUAUAGAAGAAGAAUCCCUGAGCGAUUAUGACAGAGAUGCUGAAGCAUCCCUGGAAGCUGUGAAAUCAGGUGAAGUAGAUUUACAUCAGCUGGCAAGUACAUGGGCCAAAGCUUAUGCUGAGACCACAUUAGAGCAUGCAAGGCCUGAAGAACCCAGCUGGGAUGAAGAUUUUGCAGAUGUGUACCAUGACUUAAUUCAUUCUCCUGCCUCUGAAACUCUCUUAAAUUUGGAACAUAAUUACUUUGUUAGUAUCUCAGAACUGAUUGGUGAAAGAGAUGUGGAGCUGAAAAAAUUACGAGAGAGGCAAGGUAUUGAAAUGGAAAAAGUGAUGCAGGAAUUGGGAAAAUCACUGACAGAUCAAGAUGUAAAUUCACUGGCUGCUCAGCAUUUUGAAUCCCAGCAAGACCUAGAAAAUAAAUGGUCGAAUGAAUUAAAACAAUCAACUGCUAUCCAAAAACAAGAGUAUCAAGAAUGGGUAAUAAAACUUCACCAAGACCUAAAAAACCCCAACAACAGCUCCCUUAGUGAGGAAAUUAAAGUUCAGCCAAGUCAGUUCAGAGAAUCUGUAGAAGCAAUUGGAAGGAUUUAUGAGGAACAGAGAAAGUUAGAAGAAAGUUUUACCAUUCACUUAGGAGCCCAGUUGAAGACCAUGCAUAAUUUGAGAUUGCUGAGAGCAGAUAUGCUGGACUUCUGUAAGCAUAAAAGAAAUCAUCGAAGUGGUGUGAAACUUCAUCGGCUGCAAACAGCUCUGUCACUUUAUUCUACAUCUCUCUGUGGCCUGGUUUUACUAGUAGAUAAUCGAAUUAAUUCAUAUAGUGGUAUUAAAAGAGAUUUUGCCACAGUUUGCCAAGAAUGCACUGACUUCCAUUUCCCCCGAAUUGAAGAGCAAUUAGAAGUUGUCCAACAGGUGGUACUUUAUGCUAGAACCCAGCGCAGGAGUAAGUUGAAAGAAUCACUUGAUUCUGGAAACCAAAAUGGAGGAAAUGAUGAUAAGACUAAGAAUGCUGAGAGGAACUAUUUAAAUGUUUUACCUGGGGAAUUUUAUAUUACACGGCAUUCUAACCUCUCAGAAAUCCAUGUUGCUUUCCAUCUUUGUGUGGAUGACCAUGUGAAAUCGGGAAACAUCACUGCUCGUGAUCCUGCCAUUAUGGGACUCCGAAAUAUACUGAAAGUUUGCUGUACCCAUGACAUCACAACAAUAAGCAUUCCUCUCUUGCUGGUACAUGAUAUGUCAGAGGAAAUGACUAUACCCUGGUGCUUAAGGAGAGCGGAACUUGUGUUCAAGUGUGUCAAAGGUUUCAUGAUGGAAAUGGCUUCAUGGGAUGGAGGAAUUUCUAGGACAGUGCAAUUUCUAGUACCACAGAGUAUUUCUGAAGAAAUGUUUUAUCAACUUAGUAACAUGCUUCCCCAGAUCUUCCGAGUAUCAUCAACACUCACUCUGACAUCCAAGCACUAAACUCUUAUAGAUUGACAUGCUGGCAGAAGAUGAUUGUUAAACUCUCCAGGAACUUGUGCUAUGCUGGGAAUCUGUCAAGCAAAAGAUGCCCAGAAAGAGAACUUGCAACUCAAUCCACAAAUCAGGAUACAUGUCUGUGAAACCAUUCCAAAAAUUUAUAUACUGCACAAACUAGUGAUCAUCCCCUAACUUAAACACUUCAAGUCUCUUUAUGAAUUUCUCUUUUUUUUCUUCUCUGUGUUACCUCUGAAUAUUAGUAAUCUAAAACUUUUUAUUUAUCACACAUGGACAUUUGCGAAAGGAAACUUGAUUAUAUUUACAUGGAGGCAUUUGACUUUUUCAAGAGGCUUGACUUGUCGCAGGUGCAAGCCUUAAUUAAACAUACAAAAAAAAUCUUCCUUUUACUCUAUUUGCCAAAACAAAAUUUAAAAGCACUGAAAUAUACAUUGCAAGUACAAAUUUCCUGUGAAAAUCUUUUUAUAGAAACACAAAUGUAUAAGACAAAUGUGCUUAUUCUUUUAAAUUCUCCUGUUUCAGAACCGUCUUUUUAAUCUACCCCUUCUAAGGAUGUACAAGUUAGAGUCAGAAGACGUUUUGGAUUUUUUCCCUCUCUCUCAUCCUCCCUGUGUGACCUUGCACUCGCAUAUUAAUAACAUUUCAUGGACGGGGAAAUAGUGUUCUUUUUUGCAAGCUUGAUGUCGAGUUAGUCUAAACCAGCACCUGGCAGUAUUUUAGUGCUCAUCAACAUUGUGACAAUCAGACAAGGAAGAUCAUUUUUAUAUUUCUGUCCUCCCUGCGUUCUCAGCUUGCUUAACCAUUCCUCUACCUCUUGCCUUUCUUUGCAGAUAAAUGUAUCCCCAUUUCUGUCUCUUCUCUGUUUCCCCUCCUUUUCCAUUGUUUUUCCUUAUGGUACUACUUUCUCAGGUGCUGCAUGUCAUAUAUUUGUCCCAUCUAUAACAUUUGCUAUGAGUAGUAACGCCAUUAAACAAAGGCAUUUACAAAAGCACACGGGUGUUUAGAAAAGCAAUAGUUUCAUCAAUUCCAAGUUGUGUGGAUAUUGUAACUGGCCACAAGAAUGAAAUGGAGGGCAUUUGGUGUCAUAAGAUGGCAUGUCUUGAUGACAGGAAACAAAACACGCUUCAUUAACAUGCCUCAGUGUAAUAAUUAUUAUGGAAACUCUGUUGGCAAGCAGAGUGCUUUCCUAUAACAGAAUGUGUCUUAAUUUUCUACUCAAGGGAAAGGUUUGUCCAGGUAACAACACUAAAGACAACCCUAAGGAGAACACCCACUCCAGCGGUAUGUCCAUUAGACACUCAAACUCUCCAAAUUAUUUGUCAGGGAGCCUUCUUGGCAGGUAUUUUGCCCUUAGAGCCUAUACAGUUCUCUUGGAGAAAUUGUCUUUCAGGCACCACUGUUAUCACUGAGACUGAUUCUAAUGCAAAGCAGGGAAGACAGAGGCAGAAACCAGGAGAGUGGUAGAUCAGUGCAGCCCAGGUAUCGGAAUGGAGGAGCAGAGUUUCAUUCACGGAUGUUUGUUGAAUGCUGCUGUCCAACUCUUCCUUUGUCACCUCUAGGCCAUUCCACUAAGUUACUUAUAAACUGGUGGCUUUAACUGAGGGCUGUGUAAAGGUACUAUUUGGCAUAUGAAAUCAGGAUAAAUUUAUCGAAUGUCCUUUUUCCACAUGCAACUGUUAUAGAAGUAGUAAAAAUGGAAGAAUUAUGUUUAUAGUGUUACCACUGAUGGAAAUACACAAACACCAAGCCAAUAAUAAAUAUAUAACUUAAAAAGCUAAUUAUAUGCACUUAAGUGGUGGGAAUUUUAGUGAUGCAGUAAUUGAAGAGUCUGGAGUUUUGUAUUUGGACCAAGAAUUAUGAGAUGAGGAUCUUUUUCUGAGUGUUCUAAAGGGCUUCUUGGAGGGGAGUGGUUUAAAGCGCUUCAUGAGUGAUGUGAAGAAGGUACCUUAGGCUGCGACCGCAUUCUAGGUACAGGUGGCACUCUGUUCAACCAACUGUGGAUGGAAAAUAUUCUGAAAAAAAAAAUACAACAAUAAAAAUUUUAAAAAUACAAUGUAACAUCUGUUUACAUGGCAUUUACAUUGUAUUUGGUAUAAGUAAUGUAUAGAUGAAUUAAGUAUAUGGGAGGCUGUGUGUAGGUUGUAUGCAAUUACUACACCACUUUAUAUAAGAGACUGGAGCAUCCAGGGAUAUUGAUAUUGGCAGGGGGUCUGGAACCAGUCUCCUGCAGACACCAAGGGACAACUGAGUAAGGCGCAGAUAGGAGCAGAAAUAGAAUGGAGGCAGUGGUAAAUGGCCAAUAAGUUGAGAGGAGCUGACCACAAGAGUCUUUGAGGAUGGGGAGAUUAGCACAAACAUUGACAUUGGUGAGGAUUGUGAGUUAGACGUUUUCUGUUUGUAUAAACAGUUACAUAUUCCUAAAUGGCCCUCAAGGCCUUAAGAGUGUGCUUUGGAAAUCAGGCAGAGGCACUGAACCUGAGGUCUCCAUUCUGUGCUGCUCUUUCUCCUCCUUCCCCCAUUUCUGCUCUCAAAGCACCACACAAGCAAAGCCAUUGAUCUAGAAGUGUGGCACCCGCUGUUUCUCAGCAUGACAGUGUGACCAGAAUGGAAGAAAUGCAUGGAAAAGAAUUUCAGCGGGAAGAAACUGAGCUUGCCUGGGAGUUGGGAGAUCUCUUAUUGGCACAGUACACACCAUCAUUUGUGUCACUUCAGUUGGAUCCUGGCUGAUUCUCACAAGAAGAAAACAUGUUUCACAAAAGAAAGAUGAAAUCACAGAAAUAUUUCUUUUCUAGAAGCUCUGAGGGAGAAUUCACAGAACUGUAGAAAGAACCCACCAAAUUUAGAGACUGGAGCUGCAGGCCUAUUUUUCAGUUUCUUUUUAUUUUAUUUUCUAUUUUUCAGUUUCUAGGUGAAAAUGGCUGCUUUUCUGUGACUUAAGUUUUUCCAUUUAUAUGAAGUUGGACUGAUUUGCUCAGUAGGAGUAAUAGAAGUAUAAAAAUCAUUAUAAAUGUGAAGCAAAAAGAAUACAACACCUAUUUGGAAAAAGUACCAUGUUUUUAGAACCUUUUAAAUCAGUGGUUUUCUAUCCUUUAUUCAAGAACCUUUCAUUAUCCAUCCCAUCUUUGUCCGAAAUGUUUUGAGAACAUAAACAAUUGGAAUUAUUUGAGCAAUCUUUUUUACUAAAUCAAAGACAGGUAUGUCUGGAGAGAAGCUUCUGAUUAGCAAAUGGUACAUAGUAUUAUCACCUACAAUUAUCACCGUGCAUUCUCAUGCAUAGUAUUACCACAUAAAAUACAUAGAAUUAUCAUUGUGUAAUUCCAGGCAAACUUGUAAAAAAAAGCCUUGGUGUUUGACUUAACCUGUGGGACAUCAUCCAAGUGAAAUGUAUUUUUUGAGAGAUUGUUUAAAUAGCUCAAUAACAUCUUGAAGGAUCACUAAUUCCAGGAACCCCAAGCUGGGAACCACAACCUUGGGCAGAAAUAUUUACAUGAGAGUAUGUUACAAAGGGAAGGCAGAGAUCAAGAAAACAUAAAUAGCAGAUUGACCCUGAGAAUCUCGUUCAAUAAACAGCCAGUGUUUACUGAGUUUCUUCUAUACACAAAGGCAUAGUGCAAGCAAGAUUCAGCCCCUAGAAGGUUAUACAAAGGCAAUGGGACUUGUAAAGACAGAAGACUUGGCAGGCUUUUCUGUAAUCUGUGAUGCUGAUGAUCUCUAAUAACGAAAAUAAAAUUUCAGCUAAAGCAGGGGAAAGGAGGAGUAACCUCCUGAGGUUGCCUGCAGGACCGAUAUGUGCUUAUAAUGUCCUAUUUAAAUAUGCACAGAUAAAAUUACCAUAUACUUCAGAUCUCUCUUGCGGUUCAUUUCCUGUUUUCCUACAGGAAAAUGGUUCUGGAUAUGUCCAAAUCGAAGACAUAUGAGGCUUUCUCAUAUAUCCAAAUCUAAGGCUGGCUGAACUUCAUACUAUAUACAGUCAAUCAUUAGUUGAAGAUACCAUAUUUAUGAAAUCACCUAUUCACUAAAAUUUAUUUGUAACUCCGAAAUUGUUGUUAAAGACAUUUACAAAAGCAUACAGUCAUUUACAAAGACAAUAGAUUCAUCACAUCAAAGUCAUGUAGAUGUUGUAACUGGCCAACAGAAUAAAAAGCAGGGCCUUUGGCAGCACUUUCAGGUGAUCUGUGGGCAUGUUCAGAGCACCAAAAUGUUUGAGUCACCCAACACAUAUGUUCCCAGCUCACAUGGAGCAAGGUGAUGCUCUGCUGCCCUAUUUUAGCUUUCACAGUGCAAAUAAAUGUCCUUUUCAU